GUUCGGCGUUAUUUUCACACAAACAUGAUUGUACCACUGAUUUUCCAUACUUUGAGUCGCCCAUCAACUUUGAAAGAUGUCCCGAAAAGGUCUUCGAGAAAGGUUGAAGAACGGAGAGUCAUUAGUUGUAGCCGAAGGCUACAUUUUUGAAUUUGAAAGACGUGGCUAUCUGAAGUCCGGAAGUUUUGUUCCGGAAGUGGUGCUUGAACAUCCGGAACUUGUGAAGUCUUUACACGAAGAGUACGUUCGCUCCGGAAGUGAUGUUGUCCUUGCAUUUACGUACUAUGCACACAGAGAGAAACUUAAGUUGGUCAACAGAGAAGCAGACCUAAAAGCAAUGAAUAUGAAGGCUCUUCAAAUUGCGCGGGAAGUAGCAGACGAGACUGGUACAUUGAUGGCGGGAAAUAUUUGCAACACUACCGUGUACAAAAGGGAUGACGAGGAUGCAAUAAACAAAGCACGGAACAUGUUCAAGGAACAAAUAGAGUGGGCAGUGGAAGGACGAGCUGACUUCAUCGUGGCGGAGACGUUUGGAGAAUUCGGAGAGGCAAUACUGGCCCUGGAAUGCAUCAAACAGUAUGGAAAUGGCUUACCAUCAGUAGUUACUAUGUCACUUCCUAUGACGCUAAAUAUGCAUGAUGGGAUACCUGUUGAUGAAGCUUGCAGACGUUUAGAAGAAGCUGGUGCGGAUGUCGUGGGUUUGAAUUGCGGACGAGGUCCUGAAACGAUGGUCGAACCCCUAAAGAUUAUCCGCAAAGCUUGCAAGGGACCUAUUGCAGCCUUACCAGUGCCCUACAGAACAAAUGAAAACCAAGUGACCUUCUUCUCACUGACUGUACCGGGCACAGAAAAAAUGGCGUUUCCUCUAGACUUGUCUUCCUGUUACUGUACACGAGAGGAAAUUCGGAAGUUUGCUGAGGAGAGCAAAAGCAUUGGUGUUCAGUACGUCGGCCUUUGUUGUGGUAAUGCACCACACUUCCUGAGAGAGGUUGCGGCAGUGUAUGAGAAGCCAGCGCCCGCCCUGAAGUACUCUCCUGAAAUAGAAAAGCAUUUCAUCUUCGGAGACGAAAAGAAGAACGACCCUUACUACACACAGACUUACAAGAAAAAAAUCACCCAGAAAUAAACUUAUUGAUCACUUAUUCGAA